AUGGAAGGUUCCUCCCAACUCCUGGCCUCCCUGGUGUGCGUCAUCCUGAUGGGAUCAUUUGUGAGAACUAAAAGAGAUACCACCAGGAACUUGCUCAACACAGAGCUGCACAGUGCGCCGGCGCAGCGCUGGUCCAUGAAGGUGCCGGCCGAGGUGACUGCGGCGGCGGGCGAGGCGGCAGUGCUGCCCUGCACCUUCACGCACCCGCACCGCCACUACGACGGGCCGCUCACGGCCAUCUGGCGCGCGGGCGAGCCGUACACGGGCCCGCAGGUGUUCCGGUGCGCGGCGGCGCGGAGCAGCGAGCUCUGCCAGACGGCGCUCAGCCUGCACGGCCGCUUCCGGCUGCUCGGCAACCCGCGCCGCAACGACCUGUCGCUGCGCGUCGAGCGCCUCGCGCUGGCCGACGACGGCCGCUACUUCUGCCGCGUCGAGUUGGCCGGCGACGUCCACGACCGCUACGAGAGCCGCCACGGCGUCCGGCUCCGCGUGACCGCCGCCCCGCGGAUCGUCAACAUCUCGGUGCUGCCCGGCCCGGCGCACACCUUCCGCGCGCUCUGCACGGCUGAAGGGGAGCCGCCGCCCGCCCUCGCCUGGUCCGGCCCGGCCCUGGGCAACGGCUCAGCCGCCGUGCUGAGCCCAAGUCAAGAUCACGGCCACCAGGUGACCGCCGAGCUGCCCGCGCUGGCCCACGACGGCCGCUACACGUGCGCGGCCUCCAACAGCCUGGGCCGCGCCGAAGCCAGUGUCUACUUGUUCCGUUUCCACGGCGCCUCCGGGGCCUCAGCAAUCGCCCUCCCGCUCGGCGCGCUUGGCCUCAAGGUGCUGCUGCUACUUGGCGUUCUGGCCGCCGGCGCCGCCGCCCGCCGCCGCCGCCGCCGCCUAGAGUACCCAGUCACCCAGGACGCCUCACCGCGGCCCCAAGCUCAGGAGUCCAAUUACGAAAAUUUGAGCCAGAUGAGUCCUCAGGGCCCACCAGCAGCCGUGUGUUCACCUUGAGGAGCCCAUUGGCCACCGGCAUCCCCUGGACACCAUGAGGAAUGAAGGCCAACAUGUGGCUUGGCUGGGACGGCCCUUCCUGGCUCCCAGGCACCUUGGCAGCCCUAGCCUGGCGGCGCCCUGAGGUCAGGACCCUGCUCACAGAGACUCAGAGGUCUCCUACGUGGACUUCUGUCUCCAAGCCCCAGAGAUAUUUCUGUCAACGGGGCAGCAUUUUGUGCACGCACGCGUGCACGCGCGCGCAUCUGUGUGUGUGUGUGUGCGUGUGUGUGCGUGCCCGCACUCGCACAUGAGCCCAGGUGACACUUCUGCAAAGCUCGUCUU